AUGGAGCGUUGGGCCGGCAAGACUGCGGUGGUGACGGGCGCGAGCGCGGGCAUCGGGGCUGCGGUCUGCCUCCGGCUUGCCAAGGAAGGUCUGCGCGUGGUGGGGCUCGCCAGGAGGGAACGACUAGUUCAGAAACUGCAGGCCGAGGUGACUGGCGCCGGCAAGAUCUAUGGCAUGCGGUGCGACGUGGGCAAGCCGGGGGAGAUCGCGGCGGCGUUCGAGCGGGUGGAGAGCGAGUGCGGGGGCGUGGACUUACUGGUCAACAAUGCGGCGUUGUUGCCCAGCGGGCAUAUUACCGGUCAGUAG